AUGAGCGCCGGGCUGGACCGCAUGUCUGCGAACUCCUCCUGCUCCGGCUCCCCGGCGGCGGCGGGGUCCCCCUCGGGGGCCGGCGCCCGGCUGCUCUCGGCCAACGUGCGGAAGCUGCACCGUGCCCUGAACCUGCUGCUGAGCGAGCCCGAGCGGGAGCAAUUCAUCCACUGCCUGAACGUCUACCACGCCCGCCGCAACGUCUUCGACCUGGUGCAGACCCUCCGCGUCCUGCUGGACAGCCCGGACAAGCGGCAGCUGCUGCCCAUGCUGCGCCUGGUCAUCCCCCGCUCCGACCAGCUGCUCUUCGACCGCUACACCUCGGAGGGGCUGUACCUGAGUCCGGCUUCCUGCCCGGCUGCAGCGCCCCCCUGGCGGCGCCCUCCCCCGGCGGGCCCCGCCGCGGAGGAGCUGCGCGGGGAGCUCAGGCAGGUGAGCCUGAAGAGGAACAAGACCCACGAAGGACUGGGCUUCAGCAUCCGAGGGGGCGCUGAGCACGGGGUGGGCAUCUACGUGUCCCUGGUGGAGCCGGGCUCCCUGGCAGAGAAAGAAGGGCUCCGGGUCGGGGACCAGAUCCUGAGGGUCAAUGACAAGUCGUUGGACAGGGUGACCCACGCUGAAGCUGUCAAGGCUCUGAAAGGCUCCAAGAAGCUGAACCUGUCGGUGCAUUCAGUUGGGCGGAUCCCUGGGGGCUAUGUCACCAACCACAUUUACACUUGGGUGGAUCCCCAGGGGCGGAGUGCGUCCCCACCCAUGGGCCUGCCCCAGCACCAGAGCAGCUCCCUGCGGAAGGACAGCGAGAAGAGGAGUCACCUGCAGCUUCUGCAAGAGGGGGAUGAGAAAAAGGUGAACCUGGUGCUGAACGAAGGGAAGUCCUUGGGCCUCAUGAUUCGAGGAGGAGCAGAAUAUGCUCUGGGCAUUUACAUCACCGGGGUGGAUAAGGGCUCGGAAGCGGAAAGCACUGGCCUGAAGGUGGGAGAUCAGAUCCUGGAGGUGAAUGGCAAAAGCUUCCUCAGCAUCUCCCACGACGAGGCGGUUAAGUUGCUGAAGUCGUCGCGACACCUCAUCAUGACUGUGAAGGACAUCGGAAGGCUACCACACGCCCGUACCACGGUGGAUGAGACCCGAUGGAUAAUGAGCUCCCAGAUUGGAGAGACCCCAGUGAACACAGCAGGGGCAGCUGGUGAUCACACAGCAGAGGCAACGGGAAAGCCCAUGUUUCACAGGGGCCUGGCUGGCUCCCAGGUGACGCUCAGCAGCCUGGUGAAUCAGACCCGCGUCAUACUAGAGGAGCAAGCUCGCCACCUUCUGAAUGAACAGGAGCGGGCAACCAUGGCCUACUACCUGGACGAAUACAAAGAGACCAACAUCUCCAUUGACUCCCUCGUGAUGGCUCUCUUUGAGCUAUUCAACACACACGCCAAGUUCUCGCUACUAUCUGAGGUGAGGGGUGUGAUAGCCCCCCAGGACCUUGAUCGCUUCAAUAACCUGGUUCUGAAGCGGGAGAUCGAGUCCAUGAAGGCCCGACAGCCCUCGGUGCCCAGUGCGGACUCCUACUCUAUGACGUCCUACAGCGACACCGGCUCCUCCACUAGCAGCCACUUCACCUCCACCACGGUCAGCUCGGCCCGGAACACCACAGACCUGGACGGAAGUGGAGAGGGACUCCAGAGCAGUAUUAAUGCCCUGCCGGACAUCUCCCUGGACGAUGUUUCAUCUUUCCCUGAGGAACCGCCCAGCUUUAAGCCCCCACAUCCUUCUCCAGCUCAAGCACUGGACUCCUCCACUGCCCAGCUCCGAAAGACAGCGAAAGACACACCCCACCGCCCUUCCUCUGAAUCCUCCCAGUCAGGCCUCUUCUUCGUGGCCCCUCCCGGCCCCAGCCCGCCUCCCAGCCACCCCGAUAAGGACACAGCCAGCGUGACUUCCACCUCGGCCUCUGCAUCCACUGCGGAUUCUGCCUCAAGCACCGUCUAUGCCGUCGUUUCCCCUGCUGCUCUCAGCUCCAGGAGGCACCUGGGUGCCCACUUGUCCUUGGUCAACCAGCACCCAAUAGGCCCCUUUCCCAGAGUUCAGUCUCCAACCAGACUGAAGAGCCCAUCUCCUGAGAGCAUCCCAGCCAGUAGCCUCCCGACACCCACUCCUCGGUCCCCUCCCCAUCCCCCAUCGCACCUGGAGCCAGACAAAGGCAGCCUGCAGUCAGCGAUCAACCAGCACUUUAUCAUGGUGGAGGUGCAUCAGCCCAACAGCGAGCCGGACGUGAACGAAGUGAGAUCCUUGCCCCAAGCCCGAGCCUCCACGCUCUCCCAGCUGUCGGACAGCGGGCAGACCCUCAGCGAGGACAGCGGGGUGGACAUCGGCGAGGUGGAGCUGAGCGGCAGGGACAAGAACUGGCAGCAGAUCCCUGGGAAAAGCCGAAGCCCCAAGGAGGCAACGAGAAGUGAUGGGCCAGCAGAGGCCGCCUCCAGACCGCCUGGCCUUCUGGAGCCCACAUCCUGUCUGAUUCGAGUGGUGAAGAGCGCGCCAACCCUGGGGAUCGCCAUCGAGGGCGGCGCCAACACCCGGCAGCCUCUGCCCCGGAUAGUCACCAUACAGCGAGGCGGAUCUGCCCACAACUGCGGGAAGCUGAAGGUGGGGCACGUGAUCCUGGAGGUGAACGGCGCGACACUGCGGGGAAAGGAGCACCGGGAAGCCGCGCGUGUCAUCGCCGAGGCCUUUAAAAUGAAAGAGAGGGAUCACAUCGAUUUCCUGGUCACCGAGUUCAACGUCGCACUUUAGGGGGCUCGGCGGCCCCCGAGCCAAACGGACAGAAGAGCGAGGUAGCUGGAUCAAACCGGGGUUAACGCGUGCACCCACAUGCCCCAGCACAGAAGCCACCCUCCAUGGCAGAGGUGGCACUGUCCCCUGCCCAGUGUGUGCCCGCUCACACACACACACACACACACACACACGUACGUACGUUCCAGGCACAGAACAUGGGCGGCAAGCAGUGCUCUGCUUCUGGGGCUGACAGCAGCAGUGCGGGUGAUGGGCCCUAGGGCUGAGAAGGACUGCGGGAGAGUGUGGGGCCAAAGGGAGGGAGGGGCGAGGAAGCAACGGAGAGUGUGGGAGAGAGGAGAAUCCUGACUCCAGCUGAUCCCUGCAUCUCCUGCCUGGGCACUGCCCUGCCUCUUUCUGUCUUCAGUGGUUCAGAUUCAUUGCCCAGUUUAAGCCAUAUUCCAGAUGGUCUUUGCCUGCACCUCCUCCUCGAUUUGGGGGUAGGGAAGCCAGCCACAGCCUUGAGUGCUCACCCCCACCCUGCCCCUUACCCCAUCACCCCACCAACGUCUCUCUCCCCUCUGUUCUUCCCCCUUCCUCUGCACAGAGAAUCCCUCCAUGCCUGGGAGAUGGGAUGGGGACAAGGAGCACGGCCAUAGGUGCAGGGUGCCCUGCCAUGCAGUAAUGUUAGUACAACACGUGCUAUGUGGGGAACUCCACAGCUGCUAAUGGCAUCAGUGAAGUGAGAGUGUGGGAACAGGGGAGAGCUUUCUGGUGAUCACUAGCUUAAUGUGUUCUCUUAGGUGCUUGUCCGCUGUGGGCUGAGUGGCAGGCAUGUGUCCCAGGCCCCCAUCACCCAUGCCCCAUGUCCCAGUAUGUACAGCCAGUAAUGGAUGCCUUGUAAAUUGCCAGCAGCAUCAGUGUAUUUAUAUAUACAGAGCUUGUGCUUUUAAUUUUUCAA